CGACCGCUCACUUGACCCAGAUGAAAUCCAAACCCGGGAUGCUCGUCAAGCAGAACAGUGCCCACCUUUUGUCCCACCAAACCACGAACCUCGCUUUGGCGGAAGUGAAUUUGGUUUGUGUUGCACUACGCACAGUAGGCGCUCUUCCUCCGGCUGGUUAGUGAUGGGCGCGCGGCCCCACACGAAUGGGCCCCGCUCGAUGACGAUGAUGGUUCGACAUUCUCAAACCUGGACCUGAACCUCAACCUCAACCUCACUCACGCAAAUCCCGCCUAUUCCUCUUCCACCACAAGCGCCGGGAAUUGGAUCUCCAUCGGGACGUGCGAAUUUUUUGUGCCAUUCGCCCGCCUCGGACUUGGCGUCGUGGCACAGCCUAUUCCCAUCACAAGCAAAACACAUCUAGACCGACCCGAAAGCAUUGCAUCUCGACGACCCCCGGCUAGGCGUAAGAACCGGGUCAAUCAGUCCCAAUGCACGGGGAUGCACUCAUCUUGUCGUCAUAGACGAAAGACGGCGGACAGGCAACCGUUCGCACUUCUGCCGUGGAGAAUCGCCCAUGCUAACCCACAUCUACCUGCGCCGCGGUCUGUUUUCCACCCUGGCGUCGCACAAAUCUCACCGAGAGACGACGCGAUCGGUUGCGCGUCCUUCGUUGGUCUCGUACUAGGGCUACCGGUUCAAGAAGGGGAGGCGCGGGCGAACGCUAGCCUUUUCUUGAGAUUGAGACACACUGGCCUGCCCAGACUUGGGAUGAUGGCAUCGACCGCCUCCCCCGUCCCGCUGGCUUGGAUGGUCCAUCGACGCAGCCACAUCUACUUUCCGUCCGCUUUGCAUGCUAAUACCUAGCCUGACCAAGCCCGCCCACCCGCCGCCACCUCCAACUGCCGUGCCGUUGUUUGCCAAUCACAUUCUUCGUGGCCCUGGCCCUUUGGGAUCCCCUCAGCCCACGUUGUCUAGAUGUAACCUUGUUUCGCAAGGUGUCACUCAACACGUGGGCGAAACAGAAAUAAAUGAAAAGAAAGAAACAAAAACGGAUGAGCUGAGCAAGGGGGUUCCGCCAUUCGACAUAUCAGCCUCUCUUCCUUUCUCAUACACGCUCUCCAGUCACCGCCGGCCCUGUGAGCCUUCUAUAAUUCACUCAGCCUUGAGGAAGGGAGAGCUGUCGUCAUGACGAGAAAGAAGAGGCUGACGGACGCCGGUUCCAGAAUCGCCUUGGUCUUUCCGCGUGGCUGGCUUGCAUCUCGUCGCACCAUUGACGUCCAUGUCGGCCUCGACCUUGAGGCACAAAAUGCAGCCAAGACGAGCUACCAACACAUAACAUCAGAGCUCCCGGGGUCGGGGGCGCCUCCCGGAUGGGUAAAUCACACCAACGAACGGGCUUUCUAAUCUGACAACGUUUUGUUCGCCCCUCUUUUCUCCCACCCUCGCCCACUCCAGUUGUGGGGGAAGCUACCUACUUUGAGAUGAGGACGAUGGUGAUGUUCUCCCUCCCAAGGAACCAAGCGCAGCGCAUUUGUAAUAGGGCGGCAUCGCUUAUGUCUCUCCUCUUUCUCGGGAUGUGGAUGGUCAUAGGGAGUUUGCCCGGGGGGCAAGCAGUACUAGUGCACUUUCCCUGCCUCCCACCUCUAGGGUCGGCAGAGAAGCAAGACAAUUCUUUGAGCUUGUGCACCGACAGACGUCGUUCUCUUCCCGAUCGAGACCUCUGCUGGGUUCAUCGUGCUUGCUCCCCAGCCGUGUUGUCAGCCCAUAGCUCGGACAGAGUUCCGCCUGUCUAAACAGGUUUCGGGAGCCCAUAAGAAGCCCUUCCGCUCUCGGUUCUUCUAUCGCUCAGUGGUUCCUCUCGCAUUUGAUUUCCCUAUCAAAGACGACAGGGCACGCUUGUUCGCUGUAGUCUUACACAAGCUCGAAGGAGCAUUCAACGCAGGCAUAACGGCAUUGCUCCGAUACACCAUCCCAAUAUGCAUACAACUCUCCUGCUGGCCGGUCUCGGCCUAGCCACACUCUCAUCUGCCGGUUGCCCCUUUGCGGACCCGGCCAACAUCGGAGCCCGAUCCGAGAGUGGCUCGCGAGAGCAUCUUGUCGACUAUGAGGUCGAUGACUCUUCAGGCGACCCAUACCUCACAUCAGACGUCGGCGGUCCUAUUGAGGAUCAAGUGAGCCUGAAGGCGGGCGUACGGGGCUCGACCCUGCUCGAGGACUUCAUCUUCCGCCAAAAGAUCACCCACUUCGACCACGAGAGAGUCCCCGAACGAGCCGUCCACGCCCGAGGCGCUGGUGCCUACGGCACUUUCACGAGCUACGGCGACUACAGCAACCUCACCGCCGCUUCCUUUUUGGGCGAGGCGGGCAAGCAGACGUCUACGUUUGUGCGGUUUUCCACGGUGGCUGGAUCGAGGGGAAGUGCCGACACCGCGAGGGAUGUGCACGGCUUUGCUACCAGAUUCUUCACUGACGAAGGCAACUUCGACAUUGUGGGGAACAACAUCCCGGUAUUCUUCAUCCAGGAUGCGAUUCAGUUCCCGGACUUGAUUCACGCCGUAAAACCUCGCGGCGAUAACGAGAUUCCUCAAGCCGCCACGGCCCACGAUUCUGCGUGGGACUUCUUCAGCUCCCAGACCAGCACACUUCACACCUUGUUCUGGGCGAUGGCUGGCUACGGCAUCCCGAGAAGCUACCGACACAUGGACGGCUUCGGCGUGCACACGUUCCGCGCUGUGACGGACGACGGCAAGUCGAAGCUCAUCAAGUGGCACUGGAAAACGCUGCAAGGCAAGGCCAGCUUGGUGUGGGAGGAGGCUCAAGUCGUCUCGGGCAAGAACGCCGACUACCACCGUCAGGAUCUCUGGGAUGCCAUCGAGUCGGGCAACGGCCCUGAGUGGGAGCUCUGUGUCCAGGUCUUUGAGGAGGAGGACACUCUCAAGUACGGCUUCGACCUUUUGGACCCGACCAAGAUUGUGCCCGAGGAAAUCGCACCCCUCCAGAGACUCGGCAAGAUGAAGCUGGACGCCAACCCUGUCAACUACUUCGCCGAGACCGAGCAGAUUAUGUUCCAACCCGGACACAUCGUCAGAGGCAUCGACUUCACCGAAGACCCGCUGCUGCAGGGCCGUAUAUUCUCGUACCUCGACACUCAGAUCAACCGCCACGGCGGGCCCAACUUUGAGCAGCUGCCCAUCAACCGCCCGAUCACGCCCGUCCACAACAACAACCGAGAUGGCGCCGCUCAGAACUUCAUCCACCGCAACCGGAACUCUUACUCCCCAAACACCCUGAACAAGGGUCUGCCCAAGCAGGCGAACCAAACCCAGGGCAACGGUUUCUUCACGGCACCGGGGCGCACCAACAACGGCCACCUCGUGCGCGAGAUCUCCGACAGCUUCUCGGACCACUGGUCCCAGCCGCGUCUCUUCUACAACUCCCUGACGCCCACCGAGCAGCAGUUCCUCAUCAAUGCCAUCCGCUUCGAGACGAGCCACCUCGAGUCGGACGAGGUCAAGCACAACGUGCUGGCCCAGCUCAACAAAGUCUCCAACGACGUUGCGAACCGUGUCGCCGAUGCCCUGGGUCUGAGCAAGCUGGAGCCUGACGCGCAGUACUACCACGACAACACCACCAAGGGCCUCUCUAUCUUGGGCGAGAAGCUGCCCACCAUCGCCACCUUGAAGGUCGGUGUGCUCGCGAGUCUGUCGGCCGAUGGGUCCGUGGGCCAGGGCAAGGAGUUGAAAGACGCCUUCGCCGCCGACGGUGUCCUGGUGACGGUCAUCGCCGAGAAGCUGGGCGACGGCGUCGACUUGACAUACGCGCAGGCGGAUGCCACCGCGUUCGACGGCGUCAUCGUCGCCAGCGGCGCUCAGGGCCUGUUCGACGGGACCAUCGCGCCGUCGCCCCUCUACCCAGCAGGGCGACCCGCGCAGCUCGUCAUCGACUCCUACAGAUGGGGCAAGCCCGUUGGCGGCGUCGGCAACGCUCUUAACGAAUCGGCCCCGCUCGGCGUCAAAGCCGGCGAGGGUGUGUACUCGGCGGACGGCGUGAGCACAGUGGUGGAAAGCUUCAGGGAGGGCCUGGCGACGUUCAGGUUCACAGACCGCUUUGCGACGGACUAGGGGUGCGUUGCGUGAGCGGUGUUUGUGUUUCUCUUCUUGUUCAUAGGUAAUUUACGCUAUCCCCCGGUUUUCGUC